GUUUCUACGUCACAAGCAUGGCGGCCUCCAGUGAGCGGAGAGGCAACGUGAUAACUCCCUAAAAUGAGCCGCUUUGGGUGUACUUCAGCAAGGAUCGCCGCUCUCAUCUAGUUUCAGCGCCUUAUAACCUGCUCUAAUUAAUAUCCGCACCUCUGGGAAAUAAUCCGUCAAAGAGACAAAGUAGAUCCUGACAGAAAGAGAAAAAAAAGUGCGCAGAGAUGGCCUCAUUCAAACCCACGAAAAUCCAAGUCUACCCUAAACUGGGAGAGAAAGUUACACAGGACACAUUGUACUGGAAGAACUACAAGGCUCCAGUCCAGAUAAAAGAAUUUGGAGCUGUCACAAACAUAGAUUUCUCCCCUGUGGCGCCUCAUAACUACGCCGUGACAGCCUUCACCAGAAUCCACAUCUACGGGCCGUUCUCCCAGGAGCCAGUGAAGAGCUUCACACGUUUUAAGGACACUGCGUACUGCGGGAGGUUCCGGUCAGACGGCCAGCUGCUGGUGGCCGGGUGCGAGGACUCGGUGGUGCGGCUGUUUGACGUCAGUGGGAAAGUGGCGCUCAGGAUGUUCAAGGGUCACACAAAGGCCGUACGUGUCACAGACUUCACCUCCGACCGUUAUCACAUCCUGACAGGGUCCGAUGACUACACCUGUCGACUCUGGGACAUCCCAAACUCUACUGAGCUCACCUCCUACCAAGAACACACAGACUACAUCCGCUGUGGAAUCACAAGCAAACUCAACAGAGAUCUCUUCAUUACUGGUUCUUACGACCACACGCUGAAACUGUUUGAUGCCAGAGUGAAUAAGAGUGUGAUGACGAUGGACCAUGGCCAGCCGGUGGAGAGUCUCCUCCUCUAUCCGUCAGAGGGACUCCUCGUCUCAGCAGGCGGACGCUAUGUGAAAGUGUGGGAUCUGCUGAAAGGAGGUCAGCCUCUGGUGUCACUGAAGAACCACCAUAAAACUGUCACCUGUUUGUGUCUCAGCAGCAAUGGACAGAGACUGCUGUCCGCCUCUCUGGACAGGCAUGUGAAGGUGUACAACACAACCAACUAUAAAGUGGUGCACAACUUUGACUACGCUGCCUCGAUCCUUAGUCUGGGUUUGGCUCCGGAUGAUGAGUCCAUUGUUGUGGGGAUGACCAACGGCAUUCUGAGUAUCAAACACAGGAAAAGCUCCGAGGAGACAAAGGAAAUCUCAGGCCAACAGAAGCGGCGGCCGGCAUACCGUGUUUUUGUGAAAGGGAAGAACUAUGUCCCGAAACAGGAUGAUUAUCUGGUCAGUAAGCCAGUGAAACAGCAUUUGGCCAAAUAUGACAAGCAGCUCAAGAGGUUCAACGUAUCCAAGGCUUUGGAUACAGCUCUGGAGACGUGGACAAGAUUCAGAAAGCCAGAGAUCACAGUUGCUGUGAUAAAGGAGCUGGACCGACGAGGAACGCUGAAGAAUGCUUUGGCAGGAAGGGAUGAACGGGGGCUCUCUCAGUUGCUCAACUUCCUUGUAGGGAAUUUGGUUGACCCCAGAUUUGCCCCUGUCCUGGUGCCAGCGACUGAGAUGAUUCUAGACAUCUAUCAGUCUGUGAUCGGCCAGUCACCGGUGGUGGACGUGCAGCUGCAGCGUCUGCAGGACCUGCUGGAGAGAGAGAUCGGCUACCAGCAGGACUUGCUGGAGGUGCUGGGAAUGUUGGACACCAUGUUCACCUCGUCUCUCCCCAGGAAAGAGGUGCCAUGCUCGGGCAUCAGCCGACCCAAUGGCCUGGCUCAGGGAGAUGCAAGCGCCCCGGGACCACAGCCUCAGGCCACUUGAGGUUCCUAGAGGGACCUAAAGUGGCCUCUUAUUACAACAUCACCUCAGUAAAGAACAUCCGAUAACAGAAACUUCAUGAUAUGAACGGCUGCACACCACAAUCUGGACUUCAGCACCACACAGAGACGUUUUAUCGCCGGUUUUGAGAGACAGGCAACAAACCUGUGGUACCUGUGGUGUUUUAAUGCGCAGUGACUGAAAACAGAGAGAAUGUGUUCUUACCAUUAUACAUAAAUUUAUGUAUAAAGAAUCUCUGGAUGUAUGGAUGUGAAGUGAGGCAUUGUUUUUGUUGGAAACUGUCAUUACAUUUUCCAUUGUAUAUGUUGUAUGUUACGGAGCCAUAUCAGGGCCAAGAUGAAUACUUCGCCCUUAACACCCCACCCCCCAACCUGAAUAAACAUCUGGCCCUGAUUUGGCUUCAUAUUGUGUAUAUCUGUAUGAUAUCAGUCAGCAGAUAUCUGCUUUAUAUUUUGAUAAGAUUUACAGUUUUUGUCUGUUUUGUAAGAUGGGAAUAAAUCAUUACAAUAUUGGAAUUUGUGAA